CGUUUCUCCUUUCUUUCUUGUGCACUCAUGCCUCCGAAACGACGUGGCAAGAAGGGCUACACUUUGCCCAAGAAGAGCGUAAUAAUUCGAGGAAAACUGAAGCUCCUCCAGGAAAUGCCUCUAGAUGUACUCUUUGAGAUAUUCUCUCAUCUCGACCCUCUCGACGUCCUGAACUUGGCACGCACAACUAAAACCUUGCGCAACCACAUCAUGUCGCGCUCGGCACGCUUUAUCUGGACCGCCGCCUUGAGGAACGACCCCGAUCUGCCUCCACUUCCAGACGACAUGAACGAGCCUCAAUAUGUCAAUCUAGCAUUCUCAGAGCAUUGCCACGCAUGUCUGGCGAAAACCGAGCUUACUCUGUGGGCCUUCAGGACGCGACUAUGUGGUUCGUGUCUCCAGGAACGCCGCUUCGACGACUACUAUAAAGUGAUCCAGACCAUGGCUGGGCUUCAAGUACAGCAAUGCAACGAACUCGUGCUGCAAGCGGAUGUCAACACAUCGUUGGGAUACCCACGAACGGUAUCGAGUUACGAAGAUGCGGAAGAAGUUACUGCAAAAAUAAACCAGCUGAAAGGGAAAGACGCUGAACGCGAUGAGUACAUUACCAGUCGGAAAGACUUUGUGAAGAAGAGGCAAGAUCACGCCUUUCUCGCAGUCAAGGCGGGGCCAAGAAGAGAUCUACGAAAGAUGGCGGAACGAGACGCUGCACGUGGUAAACGCAAGGACGCCAUCUGUCGACGUCUGGAGCAGAUGGGAUACCGCGAACAGGUGGAAUAUAUCAAUAGCAGUUCACCCACGAUACUUUCCGAACAUCCGCUUGUCAAAUCGGUGGAGAUGCUCACUGACGAGGGUACAACGACUGUGUUGGACUUUGGCUUGCAACUGAUCCAUGCAUUACCAGACUGGAGGCUCAUACAACCCACCCUGUCGCAACUAAUGCAAGAGAUCACAGGGAAGAUGGAACGCAAGAAGCGCAAAGUGUUACUCAAAACCCGGCAACGACACUUUCUUGAAGUCCUCAAGUCUUAUCUUGCCGAGCGACCUUUUGACGAGAUCAACCCUCGGGCGAUCGACUUCUGCGUUAUGCCGAGCGUCAAAGUCAUUCUACUAGAUCGUUCCAAAACUGCCUACACGUCUGAAGAAAGUUUUGAGUCUCUUGUAGCCGACUUGCCUGAACUCUCAGAAGACUGGCGUCUUGCCAAGAUGCAACAUCUUCUCACCUUGCUUCCCUCAGGCGAGUCUAAGAAUCCAACCAUUCUUGAACGCGCGACGACGUUCUUCCGCUGCACGGAAUGUAGCGAGCCAAUCGGAUACCCUCGAGUUCUAGCUCAUGCCUGUCUAACGACCCUUGGACAUGGACACAGAAACCGCGAUGAGGACGACGACGAAAUCCAGCUGUACAGCAACCUCGACUCAGAGCCAUGGGAUGUCGACGGACAGCGAAUCUCAUAUUUCCCGGAGGCGGUCGCGUCGGCUGUGGCUAUUGUCCGUGCUUGUGAGCUAGAUGUUGUUCGCACGACCUUGCAGGACAUGGAAGACGUUCGUGCAUGGCUCGAAUGUCUUUCGUGUCGACACAAGUCUGGCAAGAGCGUCUUCAGGUGGCGAAAAGCGAUUCUCCACGACAUGUACCACACUUCCUCGAAGGAAACUGCCCGUUGGCAGCUCUUGGACGCUGACGAGUCGGAAGCGGCGGAGGCUCUCGAGCAAAAAGGCUAUGGCGUGAACUGUGUUGAUGCACUCGACUUUAUGUGUGCCAAGAUUGGCUGCCGCCAGCCACUAUCUUUCCCGCAAAUGCCUGGCCACAUGUCUAUGAGCCAUGGUAUUGACGAACCAGAGCUUGAUGAGGACUAUGUGCUCCAUGAGGAUGCAUCGAUGCACCAGCCACCUUUCCCGCUUGUGCUUCCCCAUGGGUCGCUGACUCGGAAGCAAGCCAAGCCUACUCGGACAUUAUAG